AAGCCGGUCUCAUAACUCGCUAUCGAUUCUCCUCCUUCGGGUCCUUCCUCGUUGCCUAUAAGAUGUUCAUACUUGUAACCGGUGCUUCUGGCUUUCUCGGCUCACAUGUCGUCAAACAGCUCCUGGAAGCAGGUCAUAAAGUACGAGGAACCGCUCGAGCGAGUAAAGCCGAGCAUGUUCGUUCUGCGUACAAAGCUUAUGGCGACAGGUUCGAGGUCACUGUCGUAGAAGACUUCAGUAAUUCGGAUCUCAGCGAUGCUUUCAAAGGCGUUGACGCUCUGGCGCACGUCGCGUCACCGCUCAGUCAGAUGUUUGAAUUGAGUGCGGAGGAAGUCUUGAAGGGGGCUAUUGACGGGACGAUCCGAGUCCUUGACUCCGCCUCCAAAGCCGGCGUGAAGAAGAUCGUCGUCACGUCCAGCACCUCGACACUUUCCCAUCCUAACGAUGUGUGGAUCAGUCGAUUCUACGGAGAUCAAGAUUGGAAUCCGCUCACAUACGAAGAUGCGACGAAACCUGGCGCGAAUCCUAUGCAUGUAUAUGCCGUGUCGAAGAAAGUGGCGGAAGAAGCUGUGAGGAAGUUCGCGAAAGAACAUCCAGAUGUGGAUAUCGCUACCGUCCAUCCCGCCCUCAUCAUCGGCCCUACCGGUCCCAGCCAGGUCCUCCCUACAGGACAGGCCGCCGACGGCUCCAAUACCGCUAUCUACAUGCUCCUUCAAGGAUCCCGGCAACCGCUCCCCGAGCCCAAAUCCUUAAUGUUCCCUCCUGUGUUCAUCAACGUAGAAGACACCGCAAGAGCACACGUAUUACUCCUCACCGGCACUAGCAGUACUCCUUCCCUGCCGGCAGGACAGGUCAAGAGAGUGGUCCUGUACGAUGGGCUCAUGAAGUGGCAUGAGGCCGUACGUUAUUUGGAGGAGACGAGGCCGGCGAUUAGGGAGAGGUUGUUUGUGGUUCCGGAGGGGUAUGAGGGGGAUGAAGGGUGUGCGAGGUCGGAUGGGACGAGUUCGGAGAGGUGGGUCGGGAUGAAGAAGGAGGAUUAUAAGGGGUGGAAGGAGACUUUGGAUGCGACUGUGGAUUGUAUUUUGAAAAGGGAGUCGGAGUUGGGUGGGGAGAAGUAGACGUCCGACGGAGAAUAAGGUCCACGGGACUACCGCUAGACCACUCUAACUUGAAUAUCUUCUCGGAUUUGUGGGUCAUGACGCGCACCUUGCUGUUUUAUAGGGAUAGCUUAUCUCUCCGUAGAGGUAGUACACUAAUUCCUAGUCAC